AUGGCUCUCUCCCGCUCUGCGUCACCUGCACCGUCGCGCGUGUCUGCGCGCAGCAUGUUCCGCCCCUCACUGCCCUCCGCGGGCUCUUUCUUCUCCCCGCGCUCAUCCUCUUCCUCCGCCCGCGCGACUUCCCCCUCUUCCUCCUCCGCCUACGCUCACGCCGCUGCCGCAAGUGCCUCCAGCGCAACGGCUUCCGCCGCCUCCGCUGCCGCGCCCAUGGGUCCGCCAGCAUCCCUCAUGCCCCCAGCAGCCCCCCCGCGCCACUCUUCCCCCGUGCGCUCCUUUUCCUCCUCCCACUCUGUUCCGACAACUCCCCGCCGAUCCAAUCUCCAGCAGCUGGCGCAACUUAUCGUCUCCCCGCAACUCGGCCGCUCUCAGCAUCCGGCUCAACCGGCUUCGCACCCCAUGACCCUCACCCCUUCCGCCAAUGUUGAUCCUUCCCGGUCGGGCUCCCCCCGCCCAAGUUCCUCUAUUCCCAGUUCCCCCCGGCACAGCUACCCCCAGCCUUCCUCCCCCAAUCCCGCUUCCUCUCAUCCCAGUUCUCCGCGCCAUAGCUCCCCCUACGCGCUGCCCGUGUUUCCCGGGAGCGGAGGCUCCGGCUCGCGCCCAAGCUCCCCCAUCCCCGCUCGUCCAGGCACUCCGCGGGCGUCCGCAUCUUCCGCCUCCAACACCGGCGCGAACUUCGUCGGGGGAGCGUUUGGCCCCACGCGGGGAGUUCCCGGAAUGAUCACCGUCGCCAGCGCCGUUGCGCCUCCCGCGCCCGCGAGCACCGGCGGAAGCGGAAUGGGAGGACCUUCCGCGACAGGGUAUGCUGCGCAGCCGUCCGUCCUAGCCGCGCCGCCGUCGUAUGCCCGCUCCAGCAGCCACAGCGCCGGUCAGCGCGCCGCAGCAGCGGCUAAUGCAGCGGCGCAUGCGCACGGCGCAGGAGGAGCGCAAGGGUUGCACUUUUACAGCCCGCACGGGCACGGCGGCAGCGCCAACGUUGGCGGGGGCGGAAUCCCAUCCUCCCCGUCUUCAUCAUCCGCUGCCGCCCUCCGCUCCCGCGACCACCACCACCACCAGUACCCUUCCGCCUCCGCCGCCGCUCCUCCCGCGCCCCUCGCUUCCGCCAGCGCCGCUCCGCCAGCCAGAACGCACUCGCUUUCCUCUGCGCAGCGCCGGCUGCUGUCGUCCGUUGAUGCGCUGCUCGCAGCUGCCGCCGUGGCAGGCGGCGUGGGGAGCAUCAGCAACAACACGCCUGCCACGUCAUCAUCGGCAUCUUCUCGCGCGCCUGCUCGAGCGGAUGCCGUUCCGCCUUCCGCCGUCACCUCCCCGCCAUCCAAGCCCGCGUCGCCUCCGCUCGCUCCGCUCCCAGCUAUUGCACUUCCCCCCAUCCGUGUCCCCGCGCGGCAAUCCGCGGCGCCGUCAGUCUCCGCGGCUUCCCCGCGCAGCGCGUCCGCUUCGCCUUCCGCCACCUCCGCUCCACACCACUCUUUCCGCGUAGCCUUUUGCCCGCCGAGUGCCGGCGGCGGCAGCAGCGCCAAUGCAAGCGCGCCGAGCGGCGACGAGCGCGCAGGUGCUGCUUCGGGACACAUGGCAACCACGCCGCAAAGGAAGGAGGCGAAGCCCCCCGAUCAGUACGUGCCGUACCACGCCGCGCCAGGAUCGUCUCUAUCGACCGCGGCGGCGUCGGCGGCGGCAGGGCCGGCAGCACAGCCACAAGCACCCGCAGCUCCAGGCGCAACAAGCGGCGUGCUAUCCGAACCGGCAGGCUCGAAGGCAGCAGGGCCACGCGGCAGUUCCGGCGGCGCAACAAACGUCGGACCCGUCGGAAGCACGUCGGCCGCUGUCGCAGCAGCGGGAGCGGCGGCGGCGGCGGCGGCGGCGGCAGGAGGAAGAGUCGACGCAGCAGCAAUGGCGGGAGGCGGAAGCAUCAGCAAGACAUGGAUUCUGGACUCCGCAGGCGGCGCGGGUUUGGGAGGCGGUCCGGCGGUGACGGCUAUGGCGGGGUCCAUGGGCAGUGCCACGUCAGCAGUGGCGGUUGGGGGGGUCGAAGAUCCGUUACCCAAUUGGGACCCUACAGACGACCGGCUUAGUAGCGUUGCUGGCAGCGACAAGGUCGUACCUGGUGGAGGUGUACCUACGGAUAAGCGCGGCAGCGGCGCGGCAGGGGGAGGUGCGGUCACGUGGGGAGGGGUGAUCGGCGGAGGCGGAAUGGUGGAUCGGCGGGAAGUGGCGCGGAAGUGGGUGGCGGGACACGCGGCGGCCGGAGGGGAGCAGGGUAUCGGCGGGAGCGGAAUGGGCGGAGGGGUUGGCGGAGGGUUGGGCGGAAGCAGCGGCAUGGGCGGGGCGUACGGGAACGCGUUUUACCGCAUGGGGCGCACGCGCGCGUGGGCGACGCGGCGCGCGGGCACGGCGGUGCUGCGGCACGGCGCGCUGGUGUGCCUGCGGUGGGGGAAGGACAAGCUCCUGGCGGCCGUUGAGUCGAACGGACGCUGGGAGCUCGGCGCGGUGCCAUUGCCGCCGCUCGAUAAUUCCGCGCAGUCUGCGGAUGCCGCCACCGCGGGAGGCGCAGGCGCAGGCGCGCGCACCGGGGCGGGCGGAGGAGCAGGAGGCGGGGGAACUGGCGGAGCGGACAGCGCGGGGGCCACCACCAACGGAUCGUCGUCGUCAGCUUCGCCAGCGUCGCAGGCGUCGUCAGGGUCGUCGUGCGACGGCGUGCCUCUGGAGGGCGUGUUCGUGCUGAUGUGCUUCGGCGGCGGGCGCGUGGGGCUGCGCUCCGUCGCCGCGGACGGGCGCUGCCUCUCCGCCACCGCCACGCCGACCUCCGCGCACUACUUCGCGGGAUGGUGCUUCCAGGAAACCGAGGUAUGGGCUAUGCCCCCGGACCUCUCCUCUCUCUCCGCGCCCCACGCCUCCUCCCCCGCUGCCAGCGCACAGGCGCGUGCGCAGCCGGCGGGCGGGGGCGGGGGGGGAGACGCUAGCGGAGGGGGAACAGGCGCUGGAGCGGGGGCGGGAGGGGGAGGGGAGGUGGAGGUGGGGGGGUGGUGCGAGGAGCUGGGCGGGGUGUUGGAGGGCGCGGUGCUGCUGAGCAGUGUGGUGCAUCCAGCAGCGGUGAUGCAGGUGCACGUGCAGGGCAUUGCGGCGCUCUCCCACCGCGCCUGGCGCCACACUCAGAACGAGGCCAGCGCUGCCAACCGCCUCCGCGGCCAGCUUCUCCAUUCGCAUCUUUCUCCCCUUCCUUCCACCUCCGCCUUUUCCCCACGCCUCUCUCCCCCCCGUAUCCAAACCGUCCUCCCCCUCCCCCAUUCCCCCUUGUUCCCCAACCCCUUCCUUCCCCAGGUGCUACAGCUGAGGGACAGGGUGCGGCUGCUGGAGGCAUCAGAGACAGUGGCAGCCAUGGCAGCAGCGGCUGUUGCAGCCAGGGAGGGCGGAUCUGGGGCAGGUGACACCGCGCUCAAGCUGCCUCUCUGCUCCUGCCCCUCCAAGCCUGCUGCUGGGGGGGACGGCACAACCGCUAAGGCUGCUGGUGGUGGUGUGACCAGUGGCAGUGUCACCUCUGCUGCUGCUGCUGCUGCUGCUGCUGGUAGUGGUGAUGGGAGGUGUGCGACAUGUGGGCUCUUUGUUGCUGCCAGCAACCAGAGUGUUUUCAUCACCACUAUUGCCAAUCUUAAAGCCAGAGGUAGGCACGAGCUGCAUCCGCUGCUGUCGACUUGUGUAUUCCCUCCUCUGCCCCCUCUCCAUCUCUCUUCCUCCUCCCGACCUCUUCCUGCUGAGCUCUUUCUUGCCUUUCUUCCCAUCUCCUUCCUCCCCCCUGCUCCAUCCUGCCCUUUUCGUUUUCCACCCCUAUUCCCCUUCCGCUCUCCACUAUCACUUCUCAUGUCUUUCCUCUCUUCAAUCGCAUCUUCCCUCCCCCUCUCUUCCCGUCCCCACCUCCUCCCCUCCCUCCCCUUCUCUUACUCCCAUGCGAACCAUUUUGCUUGCCCUUGCCCGAGCUUCACCCCUCCACUUAUUCGUCCCCUGUUGUUCUGUUCUAAACGUCCCCACCUUUCUCCCUCCCCUCUACUUCGCCAGCCUCGCUCUUUCCGUCCUCGCCUCAUAAUCUUACCUUCCUCGCGCCUGCCUCCCCCCACCCCGUGCGUGCCCCCCUUUUUCUCCCCCAACCCCCCGUUCCCUUCCCCCUCUGCCUCCCUACCCCCAGUUUCCCAGCUGGAAGAGGAGCUGCGCGCCAAGUCGCAUAACCUCUCCACCAACUCCUCCCCCGCGCCCUCCAUCGCCUCCUUCUCCUCCUUCUCCUCCUCCUCCUCUUCCGCCACCUCCGACUCCGCGCGCGGCGGUUUCCCCCACUCCACCUCCUCGCUCCGCCCGCCGUCCCCCCCCGCGGCGCUGGCGGACAUGGAGCGCCGCGCGCUGCAGGCGGAAGGGGAGAAGGCGGCGCUGCUGCUGCAGAUAGAGGAGCUUGUUGCGGGGAAGCGCGAGGCGGAAGUGGGGCUGCUCGCGGCUAAGCGGGAGGCGGAAGCGGAGGCGGAGGUUGCGCGCCGGGCGCGGGCGCGGGCGCAGGCGGAAGCGGAAGCGGAAAGAUCGGACGCACGCAGGGCGGAGGAGGCGGCGGAGGAGCGGCGGAGCCAGCAGCGCGCGGGGAAUGCGAACAGAGAAAGGCGCAGGUGGCUUAGCGAGAGCACUGGGGGAGUCGCUGGCGGAGGCGGAGAGAUUGGCGGCAGUGGGGUGGCGUAUGGGGCUAAGGGGAGCGCGACGGCGCAGGCGCAGGCGGAAGUGGAGGCGGAGGCGCAGAGGGAGGAGCUGGUGGCGGUGAAGAGAGAGGCGGAGGAGCUGCGGAGCAGACUGCGCGGCAUGGAGGGCAAGGCAGCAGCAGCAGAGGCAGCCGCGGAGGAGAUGCGCGUGAGAGUGCACCAGGGGAGCGACAACCUCGGGCUUGACGCGUUCUGCCGCAUGCACAGCCAGGGCAGCCUCCCGGGCAGCCUGAGAGAGAGCCUCGUGGGGAGCGUGCAUGGCAGCCUGCAUGGGAGCUUGCGAGGGAGCUUCAGAGAGGGGUUGCAAGGGAGGAAGCAUGGCGGUGGCGGUGGUGAGGAGGGAGGGGGAGUGGGUGGUGGCGGAUGGUGGGGGGGAGCGGAGGGUGGUGCGGAUGGUUGUGCUGGGGUUGGGCGAGGACUAGGCGGAGGGAGUGGUGGGGACAGGGUAGAGGGAGGGAAGCACGUUGGUGGUGGUGGUGGUGGUGGCAACAGCAGCAGCAGCAGCAGCAGGCGGCUUGUGAGACAGGCGUCAGCAGGAGCAGUAGUAGUAGGAGUAAGAGGAGGAGGAGGAGAAGUAGGAGCGAGGAGCAGUUUGGAGGAGUGCCAGGGCGCUUUGAGCUCUCUGUUCGAGCCUGUGCUUCAAAAGAGGUCCGAGAGCUCGUGUGAUGGCGAGGAGUGUGACUCUAUGGGGCGAGUGCGGGUGAGGCGGAGAGGGGAGGAGGGGGUGGGAGGGAGUGAGGAUGAGGAGGAGGAGAGUGCGGUUGAUGAGGAGUUGGAGGAAGAGAGGACGGAGCAUGGGUGGCGACUCAAGGCAGUGGUGGGUGGGGAUGAAGGAGGGGAGGAGGGUGAGGGAGUGGAGGGAAGGGGAGAGAGUAAGAGGAGUGAGAGGGAUAACGAGGGUAGGGUGAACGAGAGGAGUUAUGGGGAACGUGGCCGGGCAUCCUCCUCCCUGAGCGCGACUCUAGCAGCAGCGGACCUGGGUCCGUCACUCAAGCAGCGAAUCCUGCUGCUGCAGCAACGCAUGAACGUCAUGCAAGCAGCCGCCACCGCCGCUGCUGCCGCUGCCGCCACUGCAGCCGCAGCAGCAGGAGGAGGAGCGGCCUCUUCUGGGCGGCUGUCACCCACCUCGGUUCUACCCUCCAGCAGCAGCAGCACGGUCAGCUCUCCUGGGAGUGUGUGGCUGGGUGGUGGUGGUGAGGGUGGCUUAGGGGGCGGUGGUGGAGGAACCUCCCCUAUCUCCCCCCACGUAUGA